UUUGUUUUGUUUGCAUGAUGUGGGCAUGAUUUAGGUUAUGUUUCGAAGAUUUGUUUGUGUUAGAAAUUUUAACAACAGCAAUUGUCAGUUGUUCAUUAAAUUGAUUUUGUUGCGUCGAUAUUGAUGCUGUGGGUCAGAUGUCACCGCGAUUCGUUGAUAAGUCGUGUAGCCUCGGCACAUUAUCUUGAUCAAUGUGUGUUAAUUCGUUCCGCUACAUCGUUUGGUUACAUUAGUUAUGUGUGUAGUUUAAUUGCGUUGUCCAGUCUCAAUAUAGCCAGCUGAUGAAUAGCAUCGGCCUGUGUCGACAGUCUAUAGUGCAUAAGUUAUUAUUUAGAAUGUUUUCCGUGAAGCAUUCUUAUGAGGAUGCUGUGCACAAAUUAAACUCAUUACAAUCAAACAAAGCAACAUUAGAUCAGGUUCUCAAGGACAUCCAGACUGGAAAAAAAUGUACAAAUAUAGAAGAUAUGGAGAAAUAUUUGUGGAGGACAGGUGUGACUCUUACGAAAUUGGAUGAAUUGUCUGUUAUACAUGUAGCCGGAACUAAAGGCAAAGGUUCAACGAGUGCAAUGUGCGAGUCCAUAUUACGACAUCACGGCUACAAAACGGGCUUUUACUCAUCACCGCACCUCAUAGCAGUGCGUGAGCGCAUUCGCCUCAACGGCCGCGCUCUCAGCGAAGAUGAAUUCGCGAGACACUUUCACCAAGUGUAUGACAAUUUGGAAGCAUCAAAGGCCUACGAGGGUGAUAUGCCGAAAUACUUUUGGUUCCUGACAGUGAUGGCGUUCCACGUGUUCUUGAAGGAGAAGGUGGACGUGGCCAUCGUAGAGGUCGGCAUCGGCGGCCUUUUGGACGCAACUAAUAUUUUAAGAAAGGUUCCCGUUGUGGGUAUAACGGCGCUAGGUCUGGACCACACGGCUAUCCUGGGGGACUCGCUGCCCCAGAUAGCGGCUGCCAAGGCGGGCAUCAUGAAGGCCGGCUGUGAGGCCUACACCGUGGAACAGCCGCCCGAGGCCAUGGCUGUACUCAACAGGGUCGCGCAACAGCUCAAGUGCUCACUCAACAUAGUUCCUACGUACGAUAGUUAUUACUUCCCUAACGGAUACAAAACAAGACUUCAGACGAAUCUCGAGGCAUACCGGACUAAUGCCUCCUUGGCCAUACAGUUGGCGCACAGUUGGCUGCGGUGGGCCAAGCUUCAAGCAACCAAUAAACAGAAUGUCAAAAUAGCUAUUGCUAGCGGAAAAGUUUUACAAAACGAUUAUAAAGAAUUCGAUGUCCCAUACCAAAUGAAUGGGCAUAAAUGUUUAAACGAAGUCGUGUAUGAUGGCAUGACGACACAGAUUCCUCUGAACACGGCCGAGGGUUUGAAGGAAUGCAAAUGGCCCGGCCGGUAUCAAAUCGUGGAGUCCACCUACGCAACGUUUUAUUUGGACGGAGCACACACUAAGGAAUCGAUGGAGAUAUGCUCAGAAUGGUUUCAAGAUACCAACAAAAAUGCAGAGGCUGUUUUAGUAUUUAGUGCGACGGGCGAUCGAAAUUCUGAAGUGCUAUUGAGUCCUCUGUCCAAAUUGAAUUUCAAACAAAUUUAUUUCGUCAUACCCACCGCCUACAAGAGGACCGGCAAGCACAACGACAAUUACUCAGCUGUAGAACACAAAGAUUUGUUGGCGAGGUGCCAGAGAAACGCUGAGGUUUGGGAACAUUUGAAAAAAGGGGGUAGUUUCUCGAAAAUAUCAAUCCUGGAGAGUGUCUCCGAAGCUUUAAUUGAUAUUAAGAGUAACAGCCAUAACAUCAACAGAACGUCUGUGCUUGUCACAGGUUCCUUGCAUUUAGUUGGAGCUACUCUCCUUAUAAUUGAUCCUAACUUAAGUAGCACUUAAGUUGCAAAUGGAAUAAAAUAUUUUAUAUCAGUUUGUUGUUUUCUUAUGCUAUACUAACCGACUCGGCAAACUUCACACCACCCAAAAGAAAUAAUUUGCAAUAAAAUAAUAUUGCGACUAU